AUGGGUGCUGAAGAGGGUAGCAGGCAGGCCGGCAAGUCUGGUGGAACGACGAAGGAUGGUGAAGGCUGGGGGAGGAGCCGGGCGUUUGAUCGAUUGCUCGGUGUCGGUGGGCAGUUUUUUGAGGCUGGAGGCGGUCCGAUGCUGACAGAGGGGACAUGUCGGUUGCCAAGUGGCUGCCAAGUGGGCAAAGGAUUGAACGGAGGUUGGUGGUGGGUCUCACCACAGGGUAGCAGUUGGCCGUCAAUCAUUGUUGAGGUCGGCGAAGGGGGGCAGACUCUCAAUUUGAGGAGGUCUGCUGGGGCAGGGUGUCGUCGUCAGCUUGGGGCCCAAAAACACAAGACCGAACCACUUGGCAGCCCUUUGGCUGCCAAGUGGUGUGAGGAGCUUGGAGGGGCUGAUUCAAGCUGGAGGAGCUGGGGAGAGGAGGGGGGAGGCUGGGGACGAGGGUGCGGCGGGAGGGUAGAAAGUCGGCGAGGCUGGGGGAAGCGAUAA